GAGCGCGCUCUAUUUCCGCUGCAGCAACGAGAAGGAGUACGUCAUAAAAGAAAGGAAAAUGUGGACGGAAAGGACAAACUAAGGCCAGGACAACAAACAUCCAUCUCGCACCUCCACGAAAUCGGUCGCCAGGUAGCCGAUUGCCGUUGUCCUCUCCGGUCGAGUCCUCCUCGGCUGAAGGGUCGAGUCUAGGUCGUCGUUGCGGUGUGUUUCCGUUUGCUUGCUCGGCCCCAUUAGCCUGCUCUUAGCGAUGGGCACCAGGGCAAGUCGCCUCCAGGAGGACCCGGUCCCGUCCGCCCUCGGCAAAGACGCAACCAAACGAGAUUCGUAUCGGCGGCCCCGCUGCGCAAGGCCCACUAGCCUCAUGGUGGACUUCUCGGGCAGCUUCGACGACACCGAAGUCAACCGGAGCCGCUCGGAGGAGGGAAGCGACUCCGAUCUGGGCCAGCAUGGCGCUAGCGCGGACGGCAGCCCGGCAGACCACCACAGCAUCCCGGCUAGCAUGAGCCAGGUUUCCCCGGCGGAUGAUGACAACAACAGCGAGGGCAAGCCCGAAGAGGACAGCAGCACAAACACAGAGGCUGCCGUCAACGCGGAGCACCAGCCCGGGGAGGAAACAGGCCGCACACCGCACCGCACUUUCUCUGAACGGCUGCCCGGAAAUCGACACGCCGGGGGCCGCAGCGUCAGCGCCAGGUCGGCCCGAGUCCGGGGCACCCACCAGCGGCCGGUGUCCGAGGCUUGGAUCGGCAUGUACCGUGUCAACAACCGCCAUGGAAAUAUCCGCUGUCCUUUCUGCUCCAAGCCCUUCCCGGGAGGUCGGAUUGAGGAUCACCUGUUGAGCUGCCUCACAUCCCCACCGCUUCCUUACAACACGGAUGUGCUGAGCAAAGACAGCGGCGAGUGUUCCAUCUGUCUGGAGGAUUUGGUGCAGGGCGAGACCAUCGCUAGGUUGGCGUGCCUCUGCGUCUAUCACAAGAGCUGCAUUGACGCCUGGGCCAAAGUGAAGCCCUGCUGCCCCGAGCAUCCAUCGGACUGACUCCCAGGUCACAUGACUUCCCCACAUGACCACAAAAGACUCAGGAGACCACAUCCUCUCUCUCUCCCUCUCAGAUAUAUAUACAUACAUACAUACAUAAAUAUGUCAGCGAACCAAUAAAGACGACAACAAGACCCUCAAAGGAAGCUUCCGGAUGGCUUGGACCUGGUCCGGACCAUUUCAAGACAAACAAAAACGGCUGCUUUUGUUUUGUUUUUUCUUUCUCACCCCUAUGUGUUGGUCUCUCCCUGGGAUCACAUGGAACCUUUAGAGGAGAAACAUUGUCUCAGCUGUGAGUCAGAGUUUCAUGGAGUAUUUUAGGGGGAAAAUGAACACUUUAUCCCACGUCACACACGGGAAUUCUUUUCCCCGUAAGCCAGCUAGAGGGCGGCGGUCCGGAGUGAUGGGGAGGUGGGGGGGGGUCGUCGUUACUGGGUGUUUAUUGUUAACAUUUCAGCACAUUUUCCCGGAGGGGGCACUUUGCGGGCGCGUGGAGAUGAUAGUGCUGCUAGCUUGUAAGCUCCAUUAGCGCUGGUGUUUGCACCCAUUUGAGCACUUUUUGUCCUUUUUGAGGCUUUUUUUUUUCUUUCCUGUUCGCUUGCUUCGGGUCUGGGUUUGGGAUGGCUGUGACGGCGACGACGAUGAUGAUGAUGAGUGUCUACUGUGAAUUAGGUCAGUUAAAAAACAAAACAAAAGCGUCCUGUUACACGUGGCAUCGGUACGCAGCACGCCGCUUCACGCUCCUAUUCUGCUUUGAAUGUGCUUCAGGUCACAUGACCCCGACAUCCACCCCGAUACCCUUUUUGUUCUUUUGAGGUUCUAGCUGGAAUCUUUGGCUCUGCUUCCGGUUCCAUCAAUGUCAGAUCAGCCUUAAAGGGAUGGCAAGGGCGUUUUUUCUUUCAAGUAUUCUGUCAUAAAGGCUUUCCUUUGCCUUCUCUGUGUGUGCGUGUUGCCCAGUGAAGGUUUUUGGAGUGUUUUUUUGGGGUUCAGGGGUCCGGGACCGAGCUAGCAACCAGGGGUCGGCCCUGUGCAUGUUUCAAUUUGUUCUGGAGGCGGAAGAAAAUGCCAAAACGUCUGAGUGCAGAGGCUCAUUUAGAUGUUACAUUUGUUGUGGUGAUAAUUUAAUGAUGUUGUGUACUCUUGGUGGGAGGAGGGUUUGUUUGUUUGUGUGUGUGUGUUUUUGAUAAAAGUGGGCGGGGUUGUCAAUUUUCAAAGGUAAAAGACAAUCUCUAAGCCCACUCAUUUCAUCCCCCCCCCCCCCCCCCAAGACGUGUGGUGCAAUACCUCAGAUUUUUACCAAUGCUAACGAAAGUCAAAGCUCUUUGUGUGUCAACUCUUCACUCCAACCAAGGAUGACAUUUUGUAUAGACAACCCCCCCCCCCUCCCCUCUCCCCCCCCACACAUCCCUGCAUCCCAACAUAUGGAUAAUCUGCCUUUGACUCUGCUCUAAAAAAAAAAAAAAACACACACAUGGAGUUUUAUUUAUUGAAUUGUAAAUAUGUAAUGCAGUAAAAGAAAAAUGGCUCAUCUUUGUCUGUUCAAUAUACUGUUUCUAAGCUCCGAUCUUUUGUAUGUCUCAAAUUGUUUUUAUAUGUAUUUUUUACAAUAAAUAUGUGUGAAGCGAUUGCUUUGUGUCUUAC